AUGAGAACUGCGACACCGGCUUUCAUUGUUACAAACGCCCUAUGCUUUGUUGCGACAUGCCUAGUGACAAUACAGGCUAUUCGUAACCCCAAAAAGCUGCGUACCUUCCUUGUCAUCUAUGCCUUGCUCUCUUUACCUUGCGCUAUCGUCAACACGCUUGCCUUUGAGGAUAUCAUUGAUGAUCGAUGGAACUCAUUGACAUACCUCAUAUCCACCGCACUUAUGAUGACUAUACGCAUUUACCUCGUCAUGGAUAUUGGUUUACGUUUACAAACUCGCCCUGGCUGGUUCCAUGGAUUAGCAUACACCGGCAUCGCUUUCUUGAUCGGAUCUUGCAUAUGCAUCGUUGUGCAGCUAGGCAUACUUGGCGCUCACCCCACAGAUCAAUAUCCAUAUCGCCCUGUGUUCAUUACUGGUGUAUGUCUUGCAAUCGUAUCUUCAGCAUGUGCUUAUUUAUUCGCGUUUUUGCCAUUGAUUCGUUCGAUCCGAGCUUCGGCCUAUGGUAUAUGGUUCCUUACUCUUGAAACGUCAUGGUCAACGCUCUAUGGUACAAUCUACUUAUGGUUCUUUAUUGUAAAUACGUGGGAGUGGUACUUUAACAUCAUGCUCCUAAUGGACUAUGUGAUGAGAUUUCUCCUUUGUCUCAUGAACGCAUGGCCACCACCGCAACAAGUCAUUGACACCUUGUCAAGUCAUCUCCAUGGCAAAAGCAACAAGGAUCAUACAAGCAGCCAAAUUAACAUUGCCACUGUGCCACAAAGACUAGAGGAGUAA